AUGGCCGUUCUCUCGCUUGUUGUUAGCGAGAAAGUUCCACAUUCGUCAACUCACGUACCUCUUCUUGUGGCGUAUUUCCUCUUCAAUAUGGUUUCGGUAUCAGUAGCGGCAAUGACUACCGGAAUUGUAAUGAAAGUUCACCGAAUGGGUCGGCACGGUCGCGAGCCGGAAGAAUGGCUGCUGCGCCUGUUCUGUCUGCGCCCAAUGAGGGUCCGGAGUGGGAUCUACACUGUAAGUGCUGGCGAAUCGCCAUUCCAUUCAUCUUCCUACCUGAAAGGGCUAAACGGCGAGCUGCGCAAGUACGAGUCUCAGCCCACGUCUGAUAAAAUCCCAGUUCUUGAGUCAUACGUUAAGAAGCUUGCUCACACGUGCAAAAAUAUUCAGGUGAGCUUUCCCAAACAAACAUUUUUCUAUUAUCCUCUGGGUUACUGGGAAAAGAGAUGUCCAAAUAAUCGGACUAAAUUAAACAUACAGCAGAUUUUACUAUGCUUAGUCGAAUCUUGGCGGCGUUUCGCCAACUGCUACCCAUAAAU